AGGCACAAUGUAAAAAAGAGAUCAGCUACUCCAGUUCAUUAUUUGCAAAGAGAUGAGCAACUCUGCACUGUUUGUUAUCUGCUGCCUAGCAACAGUUGCUAUGGGAGACGACUCGGCUUGUCCAGAACCUUGCAAGAUUCAUCUACAGGACCCCGAGCUACCUUGUGAUAUGAUUCCAGUUAGCUGCUUCACAAUCGAAAAACAUUCCGAAACCUACGAAAGUUGUCACUACGGGGCUAACGUCACUUUCAAUAUAUCAUAUUCGCCGGAAUGCGAGCAUCUCAUCCCCGAACAAUGCAAAGACGAGCUGUCCAGGGAAUCUCAGUGCAAAUACUGCUUCCAGAUGGAUGAGAAGUAUUACACGUGUAAGAAUGAUAACCACGAAUGUAAUCCUAAGAGUUCAGACAGAAGAUCUCGUAAAAUCAAAGUCAGCUGCGAGGUGAACCAUGAGGUUAUCUGCAAGCCGCCCCGCAUCUUCUCUCGAAAAGUUACCUGCAGUUUUACAACCGGUAAAAGCUGGAGCACUGCACUGAUCCUGUCUAUCACCCUUGGAGGGUUCGGAGCUGAUAGAUUCUACCUGGGAUACUGGAGAGAGGGUCUCGGCAAACUGUUCUCGUUCGGAGGUCUAGGAGUGUGGACUAUAGUUGAUAUUAUCUUUAUCAGUGUCGGAUAUGUUUCACCGGCGGAUAACUCCUUAUAUAUACUCACGUGACAGUAACACGUGACAGUAACGCAUGUAGAAGAACGUUCUAAAAACAGGUAACCAAUCACCAUACGGUGUUUUUAUGAAGGAGCAACAGUUUUUACGGAGGAGCAGUAUUUUAUAUGAAGAGGAUGCAUUUGGUAUGCUGAAGGAGCAGCGAGAAUUUUACUGAAUUUACUUUGAGAAAUCUGAGUUAACGAAUGACUGAACAGUAGACUUUCAGACGACAAUUUUAGAUUUAGAUUUCACAUUGCACCAGACCGACCAUAGUUCAUUUGGAAAUAGACAUUUCAUGUGCUCCUUUUUUUAGCAUUUUAAUGAUAUUUUAGCAGUGAGUCGGAGUGAGAUUAAUGUUGCGGAUAUCGGUUCGCUCUGUAAUUUUAUAUCGGUUGAUGAAUUUCCUGAUUAUUGUCCGGGAAUGCUUGGCGCCAGGACAUUGCCAAUUAAUCCGACCAGCAAUCCCAUCUUGCCAGCCAUAAUUACUGAAUAGAAAAACGAAUUAUUUCAACUUGCAAUGUUUCGAAGCUGAGGAGGUCAAAUUUCUUGGGUUUAAGGGUGUUGGGGGAACUUAAUUUAAUGGUUUUUCCGGUUGUUAAGUUUGGGGCUAGUCCCAAGAAACCUUAUCAUGCUCGCGACCACCUCCUCUUAUACAACAAUUCAUUAGGAUCAAUAGGUACGUAUCCGUAUCACACUUCUACUUGUAACUCUGUCCAGAUUACCAGCCCGCUCUUAAUGAGCACUUGUUGAAGGAGUAAUCCUCACUUCCCAUUGGUUCUCCGCCACAAGCACAUCUCUCUGAUUGGUCGCUCAAAUUUGUAGGUCAAUUCUCGCUUGGCACCCAAUUAACUAGGCUAAUAUCUGGAGAAAAUUAUUAAUACCCCCGUUACUAUUUUGAAUUUUCCUAGUCCUGGUGACGUCGCGAUGUGUCACGCGUUACCGUGCUGUUAUUGGCUCAGACCAUAAACAUGAUAUAUAAGACUAGGUUGACUUUAGAUACUUUCAGUUGCACCAUUUUCACGGUUCAUCAUGCCUUAUUUGUGUUAACCACUUUUUAAGUUAUAAUUUUUUGUUUAACUUUUUUAUUGCCGGGCACUUCUGCUAGUUUGAAACGAUCUGAAUAUUUGAUUUGUUUUUUAGUUAUUUGGUAAAAAUAAUUU